AUGGCCGCCUUGCUUGAGAAGAGCGGCGCCGAUGGCGUCCCCUUCCGCGCCCGCCCCGGCCACACCCAUCACACGUGGGCCGGCACCUUCCACUCCCGCCCGGAGCUCUACAUCCAGCCCGAGUCGCUCGAAGAGGUCGAGAAGGCCGUCAACCUCGCCCGCCAGCACCGCCGCCGCCUCGUCACCGUCGGCUGCGGCCACUCGCCCUCCCACAUCACCUGUACCUCGAGCUGGCAGCUCAACCUCGACCGCUACAACCGCCUCCUCUCCGUCGACCCCGCCAGCGGCCUGGCCGUCAUGCAGAGCGGCAUCCGCCUCUACGACCUGUGCGACGCGCUCGACCGCCGCGGCCUGGCCAUGCCCAACCUCGGCAGCAUCAACCAGCAGUCCAUCGCCGGCGCCAUCUCCACCGGCACGCACGGCAGCAGCCUCCGCCACGGCCUCAUGUCCGAGGACGUGGUCGCCCUCAAGAUCACCCUGGCCAGCGGCAGGACCGAGUCGUGCUCGCGCGACGAGAACCUCCCGCUCUUCCGCGCCGCCCUGCUCUCCCUCGGCGCCCUCGGCGUCAUCACCGAGGUCACCUUCCGCGCUGUGCCGGCCUUCGCCCUGCGCUGGACCCAGACCAUCGACGCCGACCGCCGGAUGCUCGACGCCUGGGCCGGCGACCUGUGGACCCAGAGUGAGUUCGUCCGCGUCUGGUGGUUCCCCUACACCCGCCGGGCCGUCGUCUGGAAGGCCGACAAGACGGACGAGCCGCACGCGGCGCCGCCCCGGCGCAACUACGACGGCCCGCUGGGCUACUACCUCUACCACAACCUGCUGUACCUCGCGCAGCACGUCCCACGCGUGCUCCCGUGGGUCGAGUGGCUCGUCUUCGGCAUGCAGUACGGCUUCCGCGACGGGUCGGCCGUCUCCGCCGUCCAGCCGAGCCGCGAGGCCCUGCUGAUGAACUGCCUGUACAGCCAGUACGUCAACGAGUGGGCCAUCCCGCUGCACAGGGGCCCCGAGGCCAUUGCGCGGCUGUCGUCGUGGCUGAACCGCCUCGCGCCGGGCGACGCGGGCUACGCGCCGCACGGCAUCCCCUUCUCGGCCGACGGGCUAAAUCCACGCGCCGGUCGAGGUGCGCGUGAGCGACACGUCGCGGGCGUCGUCGCCCUCGGCCGCCGGCGCGCGGCCGUACCUCGACCCGACGCGGCCCGACGGCCCGACGCUGUACCUCAACGCGACGCUUGGCUGAUGCGGGACCUGGGCGGGCGGCCGCACUGGGCCAAGAACUUCGGGUCGGGGGCCGAGGAGGUGGCGGCGUCGUACGACGGCGCGGACGUGCGGGCGUGGCGGGCGGUGCGGGACGGCGCGGACCCGGAGGGCAUGUUCGUGGGGCCGUGGCACCGCGAGAAGGUGCUCGGCGCGGGGCCGAGGCUCGCGCUCGAGGAGGUCGAGGUCGCGAGGGUCCCGGAGAGGUUCCGGGGCGGGUUGAGGGUCGACGGCGCGGUGGGAGAGGCUCGGUGA